AUGCAAAUCGUAAUUAAGAAGGAAAUCAAGGGCAUUCUCGGUGCCAGAGAAGCGACUACACAACAACGGAUGGCUGAAGAUGGUAAAUCAUUUCAAAUGUAUACAUCUCAAUUUGAACAAACCACUUUGCGUCAUUUCCUUAUGGCGAAAGAACACUCUGCUGCGGCUAAACGAUGGAAUAGUCAAUCACUUGACGGCAUCAUGACAAUUUUGCAAGCAGAUACUAAAAAGAGACGUAAUGUCCAUAUCUUGAACGAAGUCUUAUCGUAUGUUAACAAGAAGCUACCUCAAUUGUUUACAUGUGUGAAUGGUUCCGAAACUGACUUAAGAAAACUAGAAAUCAUUCAGCAUCAGACAGAACCGUAUAUCGUGCUUUCAGAGCUGAAAGAUGUACCAUUCGAUGAGCGUGUGCAGUAUCAACCUUCAUUUUCUGUGUCACCUAGACUUAUGUAUGACCGUUACGGUUUUUUAAUUAGAAUUUUUGCUGAAGGUAUUGAGAAAUGGCAACCUCGAUAUCGUAAAUACGACCAAACCGAUGGUAUAAUUAUCGUCGUUGAGUUGGCUGGAUUCAACAAUACUAACGUGGUUAUUGAAGCUGAAAAAUCAAGUGUAAUAAUUCGAGGAAUACGCGAUGACUUCAUGGAAUCACACUUUGAUUUAACACCUGAUCAACUGAAAAUUCCAAUUGGCCCAUUUGAAUUGAUAAUCCAAAUUGAGUGUGACAUUGAGACUGACAAGACAGAAAUUAACUGUCAAGAUGGUCUCUUUACGAUUAUUUGUCGAAAAUCAGAAGAUGUUCGAAAAGCAUCAUAA